CGCCGCGCCUGGGAGCGCAUUGGUGGCGGCGGGAAAGGGCUGCGGACCGCGUUGCGCACUCGCACUCGACGACGCGGCCCUGGCGCCCGCGCCUACUGCUAGCUCCUGGAGCAGGUACUUUUUUUUAUGGGAAAGAGAUCCUUUGUAUUGUGGACCUGAGUAUUCCAGAUACUGAAAUGUAACAUUAUUUUGGAUAAUAGGAAGAGCUGUAGAGUUUGCAGCUAUCAGCUGUGACCUUAAUGAGUGCAUUGAUAGCAUCCAAAGAGACAGCACAUGUGGCUGGUGGCUUCCAUAAUAACAGUGCAGUUCUGGAAGAUGGAGAGAACUAUGACACAAUAAAUUUAAUUAAAAGGUCCUAUUACUGCUGGAUUGUGCAAGAUAUUUAACCCUGUUUUCUUUGAGGUAUGACUUAAAUAUUAAACGCCUUACAUAUUAAAAGGGAAACAUUUUAGUUUUGGAAGUCAGAAUGCCAAGGAGAAGGAAAAAUCUUGGGGGAAGUCCUUUUCGGAAGACUGCAAACUUUAAGGAAGUUGUAUCCAGUGUUGCUAGUCAUGAGGAGCCAACUACUCUUCCUUCCAUGUGGGAAACAAAAGAUAAGGAAGAACUCUUCAUCAAUGUCUCAGAGAUGUUUUCUGAUCUGGAUCCUGAUGUAGUGUAUUUGAUGCUUUCUGAAUGUGAUUUCAAAGUUGACAUUGUCAUGGAUAGUUUAUUAGAAUUAUCUGCCAAUGAUACCAAGAUAAAAGGAUCAUCUUCAAAAAGCAUCAUUGCUUCUGAGAACCAAGUAAGUGCAGCAGGAUGUGAAAUAAUGGAAAAGUGUCCUGAAGAAGAGAGUGAAGAUUCAAAAGUGAAUUCACACUUGGACCUGAGCCUAACUGAAGACUUGGAUUCUUUAAUACAGAAUGCUUUUGAGAACUUGAACUCUUCUCCUGAUGACAAAGUAUACUCAUUUUUGCCUUUGCGAGAUGUUAAUAGUUUUAGUGACCUGAGUGCAUUUAUAAAUUCAGAUUCAAGUGGUAUGACUCCCAUUCUUUCUACAGAACAUAGGGAUUCAAACAGUGAAAAUUUAGAGAAUUCUGUUUUAAGUUCAAACCCCUUAAGUUCAUGGUCAGUUUCAAAUGAGCCCAAAAAUUAUAUAAAGGAUAACAUAUUGGAAGAUUCUCUUCCCAGUAGUUCUUCAAAUGUAGCAAAUGACACUGUGGUGGGUUGUAGUUAUCUCGAUCAAAGAGAGAAAGAGCUCUUCGAAUCUGAGUGUGUUGAAACUCAGUUCUCUCAAGCCCCUGUAGAUCUGGAUGCCAAUGAACCUCAGGCUUCUUUAACCCAUAGUGGACAAAAUCCAGGGCUUGGUUUACUAGGUACAGGUGGGGAUCAGAAAUCUACUUCUGUCCCUGAUGUGUUUGUACCUUCUGAAGAAUUCAGUUUCAAGCCCCACAAGCAUCGUGAAUUGCCACCAAAGGGGAAGGAUUACAAGUACUGCCCAGUACUUACCCCUGUGCCUGUACUGAUGCCUCCUCCACCUCCACCAAUGUGGAAUCCACUGAUGCCUGCUUUUGACCUCUUUCAAGGAAACCGUGGCUUUGUAGCUCCUGUUGUCACCACAGCUACACCCUGGAGACCCGUCAGUUACACAUUUCCUUCCCCAGUCAUUUCUUACCCUUUCCCAGCAAACGUAUGGAGAAGCAAAGAAGGAACAAGUGCUUAUCAAGUACAAGAAACUCCAGCAUCUCAGGUUAUCAUAAAGAAGACAUCUUAUGUCGGACUAAUUCUCGUUCUUCUCAGAGGGCUUCCAGGAUCAGGAAAAUCUUUUUUGGCAAGGACUUUACAAGAGGAUAAUCCAAGUGGAAUCAUUCUUAGUACUGAUGAUUAUUUUUAUAUAAAUGGACGGUACCAGUUUGAUGUAAAGUACUUAGGAGAAGCACAUGAAUGGAACCAGAAUCGUGCAAAAGAAGCAUUUGAAAAGAAGGUAUCUCCUAUAAUAAUAGAUAAUACAAACCUACAGGCAUGGGAAAUGAAGCCAUAUGUUGCUUUGUCUCAAAAACAUGAAUAUAAAGUCCUAUUCCUGGAGCCAGACACAUGGUGGAAGUUCAGACCAAAGGAACUUGCAAGGCGUAAUAUCCAUGGGGUAAGCAAAGAAAAAAUAACAAGAAUGUUGGAACAUUAUCAACGUUUUGUUUCAGUGCCAAUAAUUAUGAAUUCUUCAGUGCCAGAAAAAAUUGAACAUACUGGGUUAUGUGCAUUUUCUUUUGAGGACCGAAGUUGGAGCCCAAAAGACGAUGAAGACAUUACCUCUGAAAAAGAAGAAAAUAUUUUAUCCUCAUCUUUGAAGCACAUAGAGUUAAUUGAAGAGAAGAAACUUGACCUGACCAAAGAAACUAUGUUACCUGAGAAUGUUACAUGUCUCCCUAAUACAGAUUUAAACAAAGGAAGAAAAGAAAUAAGUGGUAUGAAUCCUAGCAGUCAGAGUGCUUUCAUUCAGGACGUUGCAGACAUGUAUUUUUCUGAUUCUGAAAGCAAAGUACAAGUAACAGACAAAAGUGAAAAAGAACAAGUAGAAAUGGCUCCUGAAAAAGAGUAUAACAAAACUGGUGCAGAUAGUUUUGUAGAGAGUGUGUCACCAGGUAUUAGCUAUGGUGAAAAUAAUAAAGAAGACUGGGAUCUUUUAAAUGCUAUAUCACUUCAGAAUGAAAACUCUUCAUCUGGUGAAAUAUUAGAAGAAAGUACAAUGGUAAAGAAAAAAGCCUUUGGAAAACAAAAAAGCAAGUCAUCUUUGGAAAAGCUAUCAAGAUAUGAAGUAUCAAAUUUUGUUGGUGAUUGGCCAGUUGAUAAAACUAUUGGUCAGAGGACAAAAAGGAACCGAAAAACUGAAAAAGCUUCAUCUGUACAAAGUGACAAAAAGUAUAAUUGCCCUCCAUCAUGCAAAGUAUUAGGUAAUAGUCUAUCUGUGAAUAGAGAUCAUAUGCAGCAACUAGAAUCUGCACAUGAAAGUACAGAGGAUGACAAGAAGUCACAGUGUGAUGAUGCUUCAGAAGCUUUCAGUAGCUAUAAUUAUGACGCUUACAGGGAUACUGAAAAAUAUUCAUUCAACAUGCUGGACGACUGGCCUUCACCUAAUUCUUUAACUCAGAGACAGCGCAAAUCAAGAAUGCGAAAGUCUGGUGUAAAUGGACCCAACCUUGAAUUUGGAACUAAUGACAUUACGAGUGAAAUACCCUUACAUACAACACAUGAGACCUGUUGGGGCACAAGCCCUGAAGAACUAAAAACAUUGGGUAGCUGUAUUCUAGGAGGUUCUAGUAUGCUGUCCAGUGAAAUGACCUGUGAGAGUAAGACUUGUCUAAGUGAAAAGAUUUACGAUCAACACACAUUGUCUCUUCCUUUUACCAAUAGUGCUCCAACUAUUCUUGGAGUAGUAGAACCACAGACUUUAGCUGAAUUUCCAGAAGGAAAGCCUAAAGAAGUUCCUGGAAUAGAAGUAGGCAUGUGUACCCAGACCGAACCGCAGGAUUUUGCUCUCUUAUGGAAAAUAGAAAAGAAUAAAAUUAGUGUUUCAGAUUCUGUGAGAGUAUUAAUAGGAAGACUAGAUGGAUUUAAACCAAAAGCUUUCAAUAUUAACAUGAAGUUAGAUAUUCAAGAAACAAUUCCAUAUAGGGUAAUGUAUGAUAAAAGCACAUUUGUUGAAGAAAGUGAGCUUACCAGUGCUGAUGAAUCUGAAAAUCUUAAUAUUCUUUGUAAAUUAUUUGGAUCUGUUUCAUUAGAAGCUCUAAAAGACUUAUAUGAGAGGUGUAACAAAGAUAUUAUUUGGGCCACGAGCCUUUUGUUGGAUUCUGAAACUAAAUUAUGUGAGGAUACUGAAUAUGAGAGUAACCAAAAGUCACAUGAUGAAACACAAGCUGGGCCAUUUUCUCCGGGACAUAAUAUGAAGGAAGUUAGUAGUCAAAGAGGAACUGUAGAGAGUUCUAAUUCUUCUGUGCCAGAAUUUAGCCAUGGGAUUGGUAUCACUAACACUAAUGUACAGUCUACCUGUGAUUUAGAAAAGGGAAACCCAGAGCAGGCAGAAAUAAGAGUUGUAACUACUGAAGAACCUGGAUUAGUAAGUGUAUUUCCUAAUUCCACUACGGAGCUAAAGAGUACUAAUGAAGUACUUCCUAACAGUCAGGCAGAACUUUCAGGUUUAUAUAACAUUAACCAGUCUUUUUCAGCUACUGUAAAUGCUAUCCCUGCUCAAGAUGUGAGUGAAAUGGAGAAGAAUCCUGAAGUCACAGAAAUUGGAGACAGUAUGCAUUCUUCUUUGAGUUUGUCUGAUAUUUUAAACUCUGUAUCAGGCACUUCAGACCUUGAAUUAAAUGAAGAAAUUUAUUUUACUGACUCUUGUGAAAUAAAGAAACAUGAAAAUCUUCCAAAGGAUUAUGUGAAAUUUCCAAACACAGAAGAGUUUAUGAAUGAAGAUGAACAGGAAAUGGAAAAUUUUCUAAUGGCAGGGAGUACUUUGCUACCUGGAGUUGGUGAAGAAGAUAAAACUGAGAUGUUGAAUCUCACGCCAGUGAUGGCCAAAUCUCUAACUAUAGACUGUCUGGAAUUGGCAUUACCCCCUGAACUGGCCUUUCAGCUCAGUGAAUUGUUUGGCCCUGUUGGUAUUGAUUCAGGGUCUCUAACAGUCGAGGAUUGUGUGGUUCAUAUAGAUCUGAAUCUGGCUAAAGUGAUUCAUGAGAAGUGGAAAGAAUCUGUAAUGGAGCGACAAAGACAGGAAGAGGUGUCCUGUGGCAAGUUUAUGCGAGAUCCUUCCAUGGUUGGGCAUAUUGGUCUUGAUAAUACGGAACAAAAAUCAUCUCAGAGAACAGGCAAAAAAUUACUGAAGACUUUAGCAGCAUCUCAAAUGCUACCCUUAUUGGAUCAUUGGAAUACUCCAACUAAAAAAGUAUCACUCAGAGAAAUAAUGUCAGAAGAAAUUGCCCUACAGGAAAAACACGAUUUGAAGAGGGAGCCUUUUAUGUUUGAAAAAGAUUUUGCCACCAAACUAAAGGAGAAGGAACUCUUUAAGCUAUUUCCAUCCAUUAACCAAAAUUUUCUAGUGGACAUUUUCAAGGACCACAACUAUUCAUUAGAACAGACAGUGCAAUUUUUAAACUGUGUUUUUGAAGGAGACCCUGUAAAAACAGUUGUAGCACAAGAGUUUGUUCACCAAAAUGAGAAUGCCACUUCUUAUACUGCACAGAAGUCUAAAAAGGCAAAGAAAUCAAAAGAGCCUGAAGAUACACCAAGUGAAUCAUCCUUCCAGGAUUUUGUGUACCCCGACUAUGAUGACUACCGGGCAGAGGCCUUCCUGCACCAACAGAAGAGGAUGGAAUGCUACCGCAAGGCGAAAGAAGCUUAUCGAAUGGGGAAAAAAAAUGUUGCCACAUUUUAUGCCCAGCAGGGUAGUCUCCAUGAGCAGAAGAUGAAAGAAGCCAAUCACCUUGCUGCCAUGGAGAUCUUUGAGAAAGUCAAUGCCUCCCUGCUGCCACAGAAUGUUUUAGACCUUCAUGGACUGCAUGUGGAUGAAGCUAUAGAACAUUUGAUGGCAGUUUUACAGCAGAAAACUGAAGAAUUUAAGCAGAGUGGUGGCAAGCCCUACCUCUCUGUGAUUACGGGGAGAGGAAACCACAGCCAGGGAGGGGUGGCUCGCAUCAAACCAGCCGUCGUUAAAUACCUCACAAGCCAUAGCUUCAGGUUCUCUGAAAUUAAACCAGGGUGCUUGAAAGUCAUGCUAAAGUAAAAUAAACGUCCUUGACUUAGAAGUGUGAAGAUUUGUAGGUUAAAAUUAGUUUUAUUUGCAGUAAUUUAGUCAAGUUUACUGUCAAUAUGCAUUUUAUUAGAAAUAAUGUCAUUAUAAAACAAAAAUUUUACAAUGUUUUUCAAAAUUCAAGAGAAGUUAAAAUUUUUAUUGAACCAAAUGCCAAAUAUGUUGUCUGUUAAAAUAUUAAAGAUAAUUUUUAUUGAUUACAAAAUGUCUUGGGAAAAUUACCAGAUCCAAUUUUAACGUUUGAAAGUGUGCUAAUUCUUUCUGAUAGAGAAAAUGUUAUCUUUUUCUUAAUUGUUGUGCGACAUUUAGUGAUGAUCUAAUGGUGUCUGUUAGUGGUAUGUAAAGUGCUCAGAGACCUGGUUCAUGCCUUUCAAAGGCUGCUGCUAAAAAAAGAAGUAGUGGUAGCAAUGAAAGAAAGGAGAGCUAACAAAAACACUUGAAUGCUUUUUGAUCAAAACGAAAUACAAAAAAAUCAUUUUAUUUCACCAUAUCCUAGAGGGAGACAUGCUGUUGUACUUUCUUCUGCCUUGUAUUUGUGUAUGAUCUUAAUCGCGUAACCUUUUUUUUUUUCUCUGUGUGUGUGCAUUUCUAGUAGAAAAGUUGGGGUCUGAGAUUAUAUUGCAGUUUUAUACCUUCCUUAGGCAGAAAAGUUUUCAGAGGAGAAAUGGUUAGAUAUCGACCAGAUGUUGCUGUUAAUAGAACUGCUUCUAGAACUGUCUGCAAGUGGUAUUUAAGAUAGUACUAAAGAGCUAUCUUUUAUAUUGAGGCAUGUAAUUUCUAAACUGCAGUGAGGUCAAAAUCCUGUUAACUUAAAAACAAAUGUAGAAAACAUUUUUAAUAUAAUUAUAAAAAGAAUCCUUACUAUUUAAAAGUUUUUUACCUUUGAAAAAAAAAGCCACCUUCUGAAAGAAGGCUUUCAUUGACUUCUGUUUUUUGUUUCAGCUAGAAAGUGCUAUGAAUAUGUCAGUUGAAAUUUCCUUUACACCAACUUAAUGUGGUAAAUUAAAGUAUAAUUGUCCAGUAGGAGACAGUGGUUAAAUAAAUUUGAUUUUGGAUAUGGAGAAUAAUUUCAACACAUAAAUUUUAACAAUUGUGUUGUUUAAAAAAUCAUUUGGAUCAGGAAUUACAGGACUGAGCCGUUACUGAAAGAAUCCUGAAUUACAGAAUGGUUUCCUAAAAUAACAGACAUUUUAAUGAAAAUAAAACUCAAAAACUCAUUUUUAUAUAUUAUGAAAGCAUGCUUUUAAAAGAAGAAGCUGUCUUGUUAAAUUUAUUUCCACAAAAACGAAAGUAUAUGUUUAUUAUUUAGAAAUGGGUAGUGACUAUCUGGUAUUGAAGUAUUAUUCAUAUUUUAUGUUUCUAAUAAUUUGCUAAAAAAAGAAAAGAUGCCAACUGUUUAGCAUAUGUUUUUUAAUGAUGUCUAGAAGAGUUGUAUACAUUACAAAUAAAACAAUUCCUUUCAACAACUUAAAAACUAUGAUUGUUAAUGAUAUAAAAUAUUUUUAUGUAUAAAUUAAUAAGAUGUAAGAAAUGUGACUAACAGUGCUGAAAUCUAGAGUUAUUUGAGUGUGCAGCUGCAUACUCAUUUUUGGUGUUUUUAUAUUUCCUGAUCCCACUGAAAGAUUGCUUUUGAGCACUUCAACUAGACUUAUUUUAAUGUUGUUAUAAUUAUGAUUAAUGUGGGAGCAGUCAAAAUGAACAAAAGGUGAGGUUUUUGUGGCAGAAACCAAGUGAAGGAAGCUAUGUUUAUAUUGUAUCAAUUUUAAUUUUAUGCUUUGUUUUGGUAAAUCUAGGGUAUUUCUCCUUAAUCUUCAUUCAUAAAUAUAUAGGCACAUUUUACACAUCAUAUGUGGUUUUAUGAAGUUGUUUAAUUGUCACCUACCCCACUAUUUACCAUAGUUUAAGCAACACAGAAUUAUGAAAAUGAUUUUUAUAAUUACUCCUUUAUUGUUUUGCCCAUUUCUAAAUCCUAUAUGACAAAGGGUAACAUAGUUUGUUUGUGGAUCAUCAAAUUUUUCACUUUGGCCCAUUUCUAAAUCCUGUGUGCCAAAAGUAAACAUAGUGUGGGGAUUUUCAAAGUUUUUAUGUAUUGGUUUAUUUGUGUUAGCACAUGAUUCAUUAGAAUGGCUCUUUGCAGAUGUAUUAGUAUUUUAGAAGUACAACACUUAUGUAGUUUGGAAGGUUUUAGUAACAAUUAUACUUUCAGUAGUCUUUACCAGUAUCUGCCAUGGGGAAAAAAGAGAACAAAUAUGGAAACUGCAGGAGACAGUUGGACUGAGGGGACCCUUAACAGUAUUUUCAAUCCAUCUACUUCCAUACUUGAACCUGAGAAAUAGAAGCAUGUUGUCUCCUGUUUAUUAACUGUUCCUAUAUUUCUAUAUUAUUUUCAGAUUGAGGCUUUUUUCCAGUUUAUUCGUGUUUCCAUAUAAUUUACAAUUCUGUGGCCUUUAAAUAUAGGACAUAGUGUAUGGUAGAAAUCCUGACUUGUAUUUUCAAGUGUCUUGUGUAUUAUAACACAUUUCAAGAAGAAAAGCUGAACAAUUAUGUUGCAUUGUUUCCGAUUCUUUUUUGUUCUUUUUCUUUUUAAAUUCAAGUGUUUUGUAUGCUUGGAAAAAGGACACACAUAUUAACAAGAUUGGCUUUGAGCUGGAAAUUGGAAAGUUUGAAACUCAGGAAAUUGCUCUGACAAUGUCUUAACUGCUCUCAAUUUAAGAAAAUGACAAAAUGUAUAAAAAAAGAUACAAAAAUAAUGUUUGUUGGGUUUUUUUUUUCCAAGUGCUUUUUAAAGUGCUUUCCCAUUGUGCAAUGAGGUGACGUUUGGUAAUUUUCCUGUGUAGUGGUUAAAUAUUGUUUAUUUUUAUUUACGUGUUAAAGAAAUUUAAAUGUUUGUGUGGCCAAAAGUAAAGUAAGUUUAUGUAGAAUGUUUGUUAAUGGUGCUUAUUUUUAAAAUGUAACUCAAGUUUACAGUAUUAAUUAAUGCCUCUUUAGAGAAUUUAAUAGAGAGACAAGGCUGGAAUACAUACAUCUAUAUCUCGAAGAACCUUUUGGAACUUCACAUCAUAUGAGAGAUUUUAUUAUUUUCCAUAAAGUUGAGCAGUUGACUUUAAUGGUCCAAAUGAUGAACCUGUUAUUAACAAAUGACUGAAAUAACCAUGAGACUUCUAUUAAAGUACAACACUGCAGCUAUCAGUUGGAGAAUAUAUAAUAAAAUUUUCAGUGUAUCAGAAACAAAAUGUUUUUAUUUGUACUAUAAAGAAAAUGUAAUUUUGCUGUUAACUACUUUUUUAUUGAAAAUGUUUUAUAACUUUGCUUCAAAAAAUUUCUUAUGAAACCAUUUGCAGAUUACAUACUUAAUUUAAUAAAAUACUUUAGCCACA